AUCUGUCAAACGACGUACCACAGCAGCAAGCGAAAGGUGAAGACGCGCGCGGUACCCCUGAUACGCAGAUACGUUUUCCACACAGUUUGUUUUUCCCCCGAAGGUUUCCCAUUGUUUUCCGCACGCUUGUCCGCACCCGGCAGUCCCAAUGUCCAAGGAAGCGGAAGCGAUUCGCGUCGACAAGGAGCUCGACCUGUCGAACGCGGGUCGCGGCGUGUGGCUGGUGAAGGUGCCGAAGUACAUUGCCAACAAGUGGGAAAAGGCACCGGGCAACAUCGAGGUGGGCAAGCUGAAGAUUUCCAAACAGGUCGGCCAGAAGGCGCAGGUGUCGCUGACGCUGUCCGACGCGGUCAUCAACAUCGAUCCGGCCGAGGAGAUACCGCGCGACCACCGGCUGGACGUGUCGGUCGUGACCAAGCAGACGCUCGGCGUGUUUUCGCACGCCGUUACGACCACGCGGGACGAUCCGGUGCCGGAGUGCGAGAAGCAGUACAUGGAGGGCCGGAUCGUGCAGAAGCUGGAGUGCCGCCCGUACGCCGACCACUGCUACAUGAAGAUGAAGCUCGAAUCGAUCCGCAAAGCGUCCCAGCCGGCCCGGCAGGUGAAGUCGCUUGAGAAGAUCGUGCACAACUACAAGCCCGUCUCCGACCACAAGCACAACAUCGAGGACCGGGAGCGCAAGAAGGCGGAGGGCAAGAAGAGCCGGGACGACAAGAACGCCGUGCUCGACAUGCUGUUCAACGCGUUCGAGAAGCACCAGUAUUACAACAUUAAGGAUCUGGUGCGCAUUACGCGGCAACCGAUCAGCUACCUGAAGGAGAUACUGAAGGAGGUGUGCGACUACAACAUGAAAAACCCGCACAAAAACAUGUGGGAGCUGAAGAAGGAGUACCGGCACUACAAGGAGGACGACAAGAAGGACGACGACACGACCAAGGACACGAUGUCGGACAGUGAUAGCGACUGAGGUGGAUGUGAUAUGGCGCUUUCCGUCUGGCGUUAACGCGGGUACGCGGCCGGACAAGCUGCUGCGAACUGAUGCACGAUGUUUAUUCACGCGGUUAUUUAACAUAAAUACACAAACAAAAUGGGGCUAAAAAAGAAGUAGAGCAUUUUCCAAACCUGA